AUGGCGAAACAACUUACGCCAAAUCAAAAUGUGAGGCUACACACGCUCAACUUGAGCCAAGCUGAUAUAGCCGAGAUAAAUAUGGCCUUGGACCAGGUUCAGAGUCUUGAUUUCCAUGGUAAUGAAGUGACCAGAGAACGUUUCCCACUCCCUAACCUUCGGGAGAAACUUGAAGCAUGUGCCCGUAAUGUUCACUGUGAACACGGAACAAGCAUUAUCCGUGGACUGAACCCUCGAGAGUAUAGUCAGCAGGAGAAUAUUCUUCUCUUCCUUGGCAUCUCCAGUUCUAUAGGAGAUCAAAGGGGCCUCCAAAAUUCCAAAGGAGACAUGCUUACUCACAUCACGGAAUGGAUGCUAUGGGGAAGAGACGAUCGCCAUAUACUUCAUACUAGGAAGGCAUUACCUUUCCAUAGUGAUAUGGGAUGCGAGAUCUUGUCGCUCCAAGUUCAAAGCAUAGCCGAAACCGGCGGGCAUACUUAUGUAGCACCUCUCGGUGCGAUUUGCGAUGAUUUGGAACGGACUAGCCCUCAGGUUCUAGAUGUCCUAAAAGAAUCCAAAUGGCCAAUUCGAAAGAGCUUUAAUGAAUCUCCACUCUUUCAAGAAUGCGCCCUUAUCGGGUCCUCUGCUGGGAAGAAUGUCGUUUCAGUUGACAGUGAGCGCAUCGGCCCAGAACUUACACCAGAGCAAGCCGAGGCGUUGGACAAGUUUCAAGCCGCUGCCGGCAAACAUAGAUCGGAUCUUAGAGCACAGGCUGGCGACAUCAUCUUCAUCAACAACCUGAGUCUUCUACAUAGUCGGGAUUCGUACGAAGAUAGUUACAUGCUACAUAGGCAUUAUGUGCGACUUUGGCUAAGGCAUUCGAAGCAAGCAAAGUAUCCCACUUAUUCAGCAGAUAACUAUCCAGAGAUGAGGCACGCUACUGGAACAGCUGCAUUUGUUGAGAAUUAA